AUGGGUCACCGGAGAGCGCUUCAUGCUCUGGCUUUGAAUGUUUUUCUUCGCGUCUGCAUGGCAUCACCUUCAGUGCCCGUUGCAACAGAUCCUAUUCUCUCAACUGUAACAGUGUCGACUGUUAUACCAUCAUUAGUAACAGUCUAUUCGAUCGUUCCCGCUACAGACGCGACACCGGACUCUCUGACCACAAUCACCACCAUAGCCGAUGGCCAGACAACCACAAUAAUAUCAACUGGAGUUAUAGCCGGUUCGAUCACGAGUACGAUUAUCUCGACAGUCUCUUUGACCACAACUCAAGUAACCGUCAGUACCAUUGGCUACUCGACAAUUCUCGGGCCAGAUCCGACGACAGCGACAACUGAGUCCAGUGUACCCACGACCACACCAGCAUCCACAUCUGAUACACCGACAUUGACGAGUACAUCAGCAUUAGACACUUCGUCGACCAGUUCUGCUGUUGGAGAAACCAAUGUUUUAGUGACCUCGAGUGGUACGUCUACAACGUCCGCCUCAACAGCAAGCUUGCCCAGUUCAACCUCUUCAACCACUUCAAUCAGUCCAUCGGCAACGGGAACCAAUGCUUCGACGCAAGCCUCACACUCUUCAUCUACGUCCAAGGGACUAUCCACAGGUGCGAAAGCCGGAAUUGGUGUCGGUGUUGCCCUGGGAGUCAUCCUGUUAGUUCUUCUAUCGUUUUUGCUUGGCCAGCGCUAUUCACGCCGUCGCAACGAGCAUGCGAGGGACAACACCGAUCUAAAGGCGGCCAACGAAAAGGACAUAUUCCAAGCCGGUCGUCCAUACGAGGCUACAGGGCCAAGGUACGAUGCUCUCGGCCCAUCUGCCGCCAAGGGACAUGCGUAUUCCACGACAACAGCAAUCGGCAGUGGUUCGGAAUCCACGAGCGGUAGAUCCUAUGAUGUACCGAUCUCAGACUCGGCCCAAAACCAUGCCAACAACCCGGAACUAUCAGCUUUGCCUCCAAUCGCAAAGGGAGAUGAACCUAUGUAUGUGGGCGUCCCUGCGCACAUGUCAGGCUCCAAACGUUGGAGUAUGAAAGAAUUUAUGAAAUGA